AAAAGGGCAGAGGGAGCCAAUGAGAGGCUGAGAUACACAGAGACGGCAGCAUCUCUUCCAAGCAUUCAGCCUGCAGCAGCUCAGGAGGCAGGAAGUAAGGAAGGAGGAGGGAGAACACCAACAUCUCUCUAAAGGGGGCGACACCAAACCUCUCUCCCUCUCUCAGAUACACACUCUCCUACGUCACCAACACGCAUUUCCAGGAGGCGUGAGGCUCAGGAGGAGAAACACCACACACACACGCUGCUGUUUCUGCUGCUGUGGGAGUUGUCGCGUGAAGACUGGACCAGAACUUUUCCCAUCCUCGCUCACAUCUCUCCUCAGUUCCUGCUUCUCCAUCAAACACAGAGGAAGCUCUCUGUCACGCAUCCCUCAAUCAUUUGGACUGAUUUGUUUUCUCUGUCAUUGAUCUAACCUCUGAUCUACUCUGCCUUCACCAUUCAGCUUGGACAUCAGGAGGCGUCCAGUCAGGAGAUAGACAUCCACAGUCCACUGAGAGACCCACCUUUCAAGCAGCGAUAUCAUGAACUUCCUCCGGCGCCGUCUCUCCGACAGCAGCUUCAUGUCCAACCUGCCCAAUGGCUACAUGUCAGACCUUCAGAGGCCUGACCCCCCUGCUCCUCCACCCCCCACUGCCUCUUCUCCUUCUCAGCAAGGUGCAGCCCCUGCCACAGCUUCUGUCCCUGCCCACUCCCCAACCAAAGCUCCUGCUCCAUCCCAAGCGCCUGCCAGCUCCCCCGUGCCACAGGAGCGCCGCCCAUCCCAGCUGGCUCAGCAGCCCCAACAGGCCCAGCCGUCCUCUUCCUCUGGCGGUUCCUCAGGCUUCUUCAGCUCUUUCAGCUCGAUCACCAAUGUGGUCAAACAGACGGCCGCCUCCGCCGCUGGCUUUGUGGAGCAGUCAGCCCCCUCUCCGUCCCUCUCUAAGAAGUUCAAGAUUCUGCUGGUCAUCGAUGAGCCCCAGCAUGAGUGGGCAAAAGUGUUCAGAGGAAAGAAGGUCCUUGGAGAAUACGACAUCAAAGUGGAGCAGGCGGAGUUCUCAGAGAUCAACCUUGUGGCUUAUUCAAAUGGAACCUGCAACGUGGACAUGCAGGUCAUCAGGGGUGGGACCAAGGUUGUCAGGUCAUUCAGGCCUGACUUUGUUUUGGUGCGUCAACACGCCUUUAGCAUGGCCCAGAAUGAAGAUUUUAGGAACUUGAUCAUCGGUCUUCAGUAUGCAGGUGUCCCAUCGGUCAACUCUCUGGACUCCAUUUACAAUAUGUGUGACAAACCCUGGGCUUUUUCCCAGCUGAUCAACAACCAGAAGGUGUUGGGUUCAGAUAAGUUUCCUCUCAUCAAUCAAACCUUCUACCCCAACUACAGAGACAUGAUUACAACACCAAAUUUCCCAGUGGUGGUGAAGAUUGGACACGCCCACUCUGGAAUGGGAAAGGUAAAGGUGGAUAACGUGAGUGAUUUCCAGGACAUUGCGAGUGUAGUGGCCAUCACUCAGACCUACUGCACUACAGAGCCAUUUGUAGAGGCCAAGUAUGACAUCAGGAUCCAGAAAAUCGGGACUGAUUACAAAGCCUACAUGCGAACAUCCAUCUCUGGUAACUGGAAAAGCAACACCGGAUCUGCCAUGUUGGAACAAGUAGCCAUGACUGACAAAUAUAAACUGUGGGUUGACACCUGCUCAGAGAUCUUUGGAGGCUUGGAUAUCUGUGCCGUCAAAGCCAUCUGUGGCAAGGAUGGUAACGACUACAUUACAGAGGUUGUGGGUUCAUCUAUGCAGCUGAUUGGGGAUCACCAGGCGGAGGAUCGCCAUCUUAUUUCUGAAGUUGUGCUGGCUAAGAUGAACCAAGCACUGAUUGCCAGGUCAUCUAGUGCUUCCCGUUCGCCUGCUCGCUCUCCUCAAAGCCAGAAGCCAACAACUGUGCAGCCCCAACAGAGUGCUUCCGUUAAGGAAGGACAGGCAGACCCGAACAGGAGCUCAGGCCAACGCCCUCAAACUCAAGGUGCAGCACUGAAAUCACAAAGUGUGGAUGUAACAGCAGAAUCCACAAAAAGAGCAUCAGAGCCUAAACCCGACCAGGUCCAGAAACCUGUUGCAGGUCAGAAACCAGUGCAGGCUCAGAAACCGAGCCCAGUUCAAAAGGCUGCCUCUGUCACAAAACCUCCUGUGCCGAGGCCUCCUCCGAUGACCAGAGCCCCAUCUGUGACAAAGUCAUCGCAGGAUUCUGCUCCCAGCUCCGUCCCAUCCAAACCUUCCCCAUCAUCCCCAGCUAAAGCAGCCACAGCUCCAGGUUCAACACCAACCAAAACCCCAGCACCAGCUUUAAGUUCCCCUCCUGCCUCACCCAAAACUUCUGCUGCCACCACAGAACAGCCCAAACCCCAGCCACAAUGUUCUCCAACAGCUGCACCUGGAAAACCCAAAGAUCUUCCCCCAAAACCAACACCACCUGCAAAGCCAAUCCCUCCAGUCCGCAGGAAUUCUAAGCCACAGCUUCAGCCAAAGCCACAAACUCCACCUCCUCCAAAAGCUUUGCCCAAACCCCAGCCUACAUCUCAGGCCCAAGUCCCUGAACCCACCCCAGCUUCUGAUGCUACACACCCUGCACAGGUUCAGUCCCCCGCUAAAUCCAACCAGUCCUCAUCUAACGUCCCAUCUCAAGCUCCAGGCAGCCCUCAGGCCAGGCCAGCUUCUCCACCCAAAAACUCUGAGCCGGCUCCAGCUGAACCAGCUACUUCAUCCAGUGAAGCCACAGCACCUGUGGAAGAGCAGCCCCAACAAAAGACCCAUCCACUACUGAAUAAGUCUCAGUCCCUGACCAAUGCCUUCAAUGCCUUUAGCGACUCUUCUUUCUUCCGCGGGGUCUCGGGCUCAGGUGGGGAUGGCCAAGAAGAGGCAAAGGCCGAAACCAUUCGCAACCUUCGAAAGUCCUUUGCGAGCCUUUUCUCUGACUAGGCACAGCUGAAACACAGUUCACCCCUCAGAUGAUGCUGGUCAUGCUUUUAACUAGUGGCCGGCUUUCCUGAUUGACAUUAAAUGUGAACCCGUCUGAGUUUUAGGUUUAUGUGUUAACUGUAGUUUAUUUCCUACAUCCUUGUUCAGCUCCACUCUUCGCAAUGCAAAAACAAAACAAAAAAAAAAGACGGUGAGGCUUGUUGAAAACAAAGAUUAAUAAAAGACUAACUGGUGUGAAGGAGUUAAGUCAUUGAUAGAGUGACUGGCAAAAGUACCUCUUUAAAGAAUUUCCUGGAAAUAAAAAUUUCGGUCACAUUACAACCGCCGACUUUUGAAGUGAAAGGCAAGACUUUUGAGAAGCAUGAUUGAUAAUAAGCCUGACGGAUUCUUUGAUCUGAGCUGAGGAUCUCUGCAGCUCCUCCAGAGGUACAGUGCUUACAGUGCAGAAAGAUUUCUUUUUUGCUGCUUUUUCAGAUCAUAAUGUUUUAAGCUCAUCAGACACAUCAAUAUCAAACACUUUUUUACAAAUUGGACAGCCUCUAAAGUCAGUUGUUGCAUUGGAUGGUAUUUAAAUGUUUAAUGUUUAGCUAAAUGCAACAGGCGAAACACUCAAUCCACAAAAUAGAUACUGCCUUUAUUUACAAUUAUCAAAAAGAAUUUAAAAAAAAAUGCUUCCCUUUUCUUCUAUUUCAUAGUCAACUGUUUUUUAAUGAUGUUCUAUCAUGCAGUUUCAACAAUGUCUAAUCACUUGUGGUUGCAAGGAGACAGAUUACACAAAAAGUGUAACUUUUUGUAGGUUAUUGGCUUAUCCCAAACUACCACACUGCCAGGGUGAUGCACUUAUUCCUGUUAAUUCAUAUUUAACAUACGGAAAUGAUCAUAUUUGCAACAUUAUUUAGGGGUCAGAGUAAUGGAGAGUAAAUUAUCAUAAAUACAACUAAUAUGCAUCGCAACUCCUGAACUAUUGUGUGUGUGCUAUAUUCAGAUUAUCAAUCUUUACUUAGUUUGGAUCUGAUUUUAAAGGAGAAAUACAUCUCUUUAAUAGAUAUGAGUGUUCUCUUAGACACAGUAUAUGACAGAUGAUGUUAUUGUAGACAAAAACAAUUUAUUUUUACAUAGAACCUUAAAUUAGAUAUGUAGAAAGCAAUGGAUGGAAGGUGAUAAAUGCCUUGUACAUAUGGUAUUUCUACAAAUUAUAUAAAUUUAAACAUAUAUAACUAUAAAGGGACAUAAGCCAGUUAAUGAAAAAAAUCCAGCAGCACCUUUCAGUUGUCAGUGACAUAACUCUUUCAUUCAGCGGGUAGAUUUAUAGAAACCUCAUCUAAUCUGACCUUUGAUAGCUUCCAUUUCAGUAAAUGUUGUCCCUUUGUGAGUAGAAGAAAUGUAGAAACAUUUUUGAAGGGUUUGUUCUUCUGUAACUCCAGCUGUGUUGUCUCUAGUCCCUGGCUAUGCCAGGCUCUUUCUGGCUUACCUGUGUUUGUCCUAAAAAAAAAGGGACCCGAAGUUCAUCCUUUUUGAGAGGAAUUUGGAUAUACGUAUGUGUGUGUUCAUCUGUGUUCACUAGUCGUGCAUGGUUCCUCCAAGUGACUCAAAACAUGACUUUUGGAUUAGAUGGGGAACUCUAUCAGUGUUGAGUUUUCCCCUCUGUUGCCUCUCUCCUCUCUCUGUAGAUGUUGUAGCCUUAUUGUGAACAUGUUUUUGAUUUACAGCUGCAUCCGCUAGCUGUGCAGACCUGGGUCAAUCACAAACUGAGAUGUAUUCAUUUACUCUAAAGCGGUUGUUAUUUUUUAACCAGCAUAGGCAUAAUUGAAUCCCAAAUGUGUGGGAGCAGGUGACUGACUAAAUGAAUGCAUUUCAGAAAGUUACUCAUGUCUGUCGCUGUGACUGGUGAUUCCUCGUUUCACAUCUGUGUAGAUCUAUCAGCAGUAUUGUAAUUGUUGAUUACUCUUAUUGAAAAGACAUUGAGACAGUAGUGCAAUAACCCCUCGACAUGACUGUUGAGUGCUGUCACCCUUAUAUGAAUAUAAUCAUACAUAAAGGAUUUGUCUAUGUGUUAACUGAAGAGUCUCAGUGGUCUGGUUCCAGGUUGCUUUUUAAACUGCAGUCAGGAGCAUGAUGGUCAGUGUUUCAGUUUGUACCUUAACUUAUUUGUGUAGCCAGAUUGAAUUUAAUGCAACCUGGAGGUUAUCUUCUACUUUCAUUGUCAAAAACGGGAAAAAUUUGAACAUAGCCAUUUUAAUGAAGAACAUUUCAGCCUAUCUGCUUAUCCUUAUUCAGUACUGCUGAAAUUUAGCAUAUUGUAUUUGUUUGCAUCACCCCAAGAAGUUUAUUUUUUGUAAUACAUGUAUUUACUUAAAGCUCCAUAUUUAUGGUACAGUAUAUAUAUAGAUAUAUAUAUUAUUUGUUUUGUAUUGUGUUUUUAUUUGUAAUGCAAUAUCGCUUUGCAUGAUCUGGUGACUUAAGAUGUUAUUUUCUUUUCUGU